CAACAACAAGCCUCACAAGCACAAUAACAAUUAUCAAGCACACUACCACCACCAAUAGGAAAAAGCUAAACAAAAUGCGUUCGUUUAUCUGGCUGAGUGCACUGAUCGGGCUUGCCAUCGCGGCACCCGGAGCGUCUAUUCCGGAGGAGAACGACAAGCGGGAAUGGCUUGAUGGCUACGGCGGUGGCGGUGGAGAUGGCUACGGCGGUGGCGGCAGUGAUGGUUAUGGUCUAGGUAAGCGGGAAUGGCUUGAUGGUUACGGCCGUGGCGGUGGAGAUGGCUACGGCGGUGGUGGCGGUGAUGGUUACGGUCUGGCUAAGCGAGAGUGGCUUGAUGGCUACGGUCGUGGCGGCGGCGGCGAUGGAUAUGGUCGUGGUGGUGACGGAUAUGGUCGUGGAGGUGGCUAUUGGAAGGCGUAG